AUGAUUAUUACUGGAUGUGGUAACUUUUACUAAACAAUUAAGUAAUUGGGUUCAGGUUCUUUUGGAUCCGUGUAUUUGGUCAAAGAUCUCAACACUCAAUAUGAGUUUGCUUGCAAAAUUAUUUCGAAACAUCUAAUUAACAUGUACAAUGCUUCCCAGAUGAUCUAGAGUGAGAUUGCCAUUCAUUCUUCUUGUAAUCAUAAAAAUAUUGUGAAAUUUUAUUCAUAUUGGGAAGAUUAAAACAACAUCUAUAUUCUACUUGAAUAUUGUAGCAAGGGUCAUCUAAUUAAUCCCAAGACUCAAUUCACUGAAGAUGAAGUAUUCUAGAUUUUCCAUCAAAUUCUAAGUGGAGUUGAUUAUCUUCAUUAGCAUAACAUCAUACACAGGGAUUUAAAAUUCGAAAAUGUCUUAAUUCACGAGGAUGGAACUCUAAAAUUAUGUGAUUUUGGAUGGGCUAUCAAGGUUCAACAGUUACCAGUCGAAAAUGUGAUGUGUGGUACAACUGAGUAUAUGCCGCCUGAAGUAGUAUCAAAAUAAGUACUGGAUUUUAAAGUUGAUACUUGGUCAUUGGGAGUUAUCCUCUAUGAAUUGUUGCAUGGUUCUUUCCCAUUCAAUGGACAUAAUCAACUGGAAUUGAUCUAAAAUAUAACUACUAACCAAUUAUUAAUUUUUAGAAGUGAUGGAGUUAGCGAGGAUUUAAUCAACCUAAUUCAGGCUCUGUUAAUCAAGAAUCCUGAACUCAGACCAACUGUUCAACAAAUUUAUUUGUGUAAAUGGGUAAAGACUAAUAUGAAAACACAUAACAUUUUCAAUCAUUAUGAAAAUGAGUCCUUGAAAUUGAAGGUCAAACAAAAAAAUAUCGCACUAAAAGUUGUUCACGAUGUUAAAUAUUUAACGCCAAAUAAAAAAAUGAAGACUUCACAUGAUGAUGUCGAUGGCAAAUCAACUAAUAGUAUUAAUACAAUCUAAUCAAUAUCUACGAAUACAUCUCCAAAACAAAACAAAUAUGUUGAUAAGUUUUUUAAUUUUAUAGAAUUAUUUAAAAACUUUUGA